AUGUCCAACACAGGAGAAGCUUUGUGUGGCCGCCUGGCGGUAGUGACCGGUGGAGGAGGAGGCAUCGGUGGCGCUGUCUGUCACCUGCUUGCAGAGAAAGGAGCCCGCGUGAUCGUCGCUGGCCGCACUUUGGAAACUCUCGAAGCCGUUACUGCGGUGCUGCCGGCCCGGAUUCCACUCGACGGCAUUUCAUCAGUCGAGCAGUACUCGUCACUGGAGCACUGUGUCAGAGGCACCUCAACCACAAAGCCAUACAAGUGGACGUUGGUGACUGCCACCUCGGUGCAGAACUUAUUUGAUAACGUGAAGAAGUUAAGCCAAGUGCCAGUUAGUAUCGUGGUCAAUUGUGUGGGCCAUGUAGACGUGCAGCAACCAACGGCUGCCGAGACGACCGAGAACAGCUUCGACCGUAUGGUGCGGGUGAAUUUCAAGGGUCCUUUCCUGGUCUGUCGAGCUGCGGCACGCGUCAUGCUCCAAGCGAGUGUUACCGACGGUGCCAUUGUUAACGUGUCCAGCCGUGCUGCCAAUGACUGCUUGACGGGUUUCUCAGUAUACUCUGCAUGCAAGGCCGCUGUUGUGUCCUUCACGCGCUGCAUGGCCGCUGAACUUGCUAAGCGGCACAUUCGCUGCAAUGCCGUGCUGCCCGGACUGACCGAGACUCCACCUGUCCUAAGAAUGGGAGAUCAAAGGCGAAACGCACUAUGUGCGACCAUUCCUGUUGGCCGGCUUGCUUCUACCCGAGAAAUCGCCCAGGUUGUGGCGUUCCUCUGUUCUCCCGAGAGUUCGUACGUGGUGGGUGCCGCGUGGGUGGUGGCUGGAGGGAAGCAGUAG